UGUUAUUGUAUGGUAGUCCACAUUUUAAAGGCCAUCAUGGAGGCUGAAGUUUGCAGUGAGAUGUCGUCCGAAAGUGUCCAGGAUCCUCCUGCAGAUCCUUCUGUAGACAAGGCGCUAUGGGUGCUCACUGCCUUUCCUCAGAUAGUCAAGAAUGUACUGCAAUAUCUGCCAGCAAAGGCACUGAUCCAGAGUGGCAGGGUAUGUAAGCUGUGGUACCAGGAGGCCUGUCGUAUCUUGCAGACCAGGCAGGAUAUGACAUGGACAAUGACAGAAGAUGACAUGCCAGUCAAGGAUGAGCUGACAGAGUGCUUUGAGGACUACUCCAGUAUUCCCAGGCUGGCCAUCCUGUUCUGUGAGAGUUCCCUGUAUGAAAAGAUGUGGGACUCUGAAGACAAACCCAGUAGCACCAGGAACAAGAGGAAGAGGAAGAAGGAGAGCAACAUGAUCCAGAAAGUACAGGAGGCCCUGCCUGUUGGAUGUAGUGUUGUGGGUGUGACAGUGCCAGGAGUGAUCUGUUGUUCUACGGACCUGUCAGUCAUCACAGAAGUGGAGGAUAACCCAGCCAUGUCCGCUCUCUUCCUGCCUCACAUGGACGAUGUCAAAGUUCAGCCCUUCUAUGUCUCCAACGAGGAAUGUAUCCAUGGGCAGUUCAAUGAGGAUGGGGAGAAGGUUUUAGGUGGAAAAGGACUGCUGCCAGACCCCCACCUGAAGGCAGUGCUCCUGUUGUCCUGUGGCCUGGGCUCGCCUGCCCUGCAUGUGGUCUGUAUGGAGCUGCUCAAUGAGUACAAGGGAAACAUCAUCAUAGCAGGGGCAUAUCCAGAGGAGGUCAUCGCCCCACCUGAACUCAGUUUAGCCCAGCGGAGGGAUGGGCUGGUGGGGAUUGCCAUCUCUGGGGAGCAUGUGCAAGCAGCCUCCAUCCUUCUGGACCACUCUGUGCGCACCCCAGCGGACGUACAGGGCGCCAUGAAGCGCCUCAAAGCUGCAAACAUCCCGCAGGAGAACAGCGUGUGCUUCAUGUUCGCCUGCGUGGGGAGGGGAUACUACCACUACGGGAAGGGAAACGUGGAGACUGAGGCAUUCCAUAAGGAGUUCCCCAACACCCCCAUAGUUGGGUUCUUUGGGAAUGGGGAGGUCGGGUGUGAUCGGAAUGUGCCCAAGAAAACGGCCACUCCUGAGAAAUGGAAUUUCCAUGGGGGAAAGGAGGGGGAUGAUGAAAAAUACCCUGACCUAUUCCAUGGGUACACAACAGUCCUGUGUCUGGUGUCGUUUGGGCAGAGAAAGUAGCAUAGGUCAGGGGACUAAAUAUUUGGUCACAAUGUAUAUUUGUACAGAUAGAGUUACAUUUGUACAUGGUAGUCUGUAGGGUAAAUACAGUUUCAAUAGUUUCUGUUUUACAUGAAAUUAGUACAGGGUCAUAAAAUUUUAGUACUGUUCUUGACAAGAAUCUGUCACUUUCAUGUACGAACUGUAUUUGGAACUGUAGAGGUGCAAAUGAGACUUAUUUCAUCAGGUGAUGAGAAAGACCAAGAGAAGGGGUUGAAUGGGAGACACCAGAGUAAGUGGACUAUAAACCAUAAAAUGCACUAUGUAUAUACAGUAUUACAAUGUUCAAAAUGUAUAAGGAGAGAAUACCACAACUAAGGGGAAUCAUGUUGCAGGCAAAAGUCAAUUUCAAACAGAUGGUGGACAGGUAAAGAUUUCAUGUAAUUGUGCCUUGCUCCUUGUAAAUACAUUAUUUUGGAUCAUAAACAUUUUUUUUUGUCAAAUAAGUCUGGCAACAUCCUCUUUCAAUGAGUUCAACAAGUUUGCGAAAUAGCAACCAGAGUGGUGCCUGCAAUCAACCACAUGAAGACAAUAACUAUUUGCAAGCAGUACAAAAUCCACAACAAGUCACAUGUUUAUGACUCUUUAUUCUAACCACAAUUACCAGUCCCAAAAAUGCACAUCAAACAGCUAGAACAAAGAAAUACCUUGCCCAUGACAUGUACAUACAUGUAGUACUAUAAUACAUAAAGUGAAUAAAAAUAGAUGUGGUCUGUUCAAAAGCUUGUAUAUUUGCUAUGUGGCAACAAACAACACAAUACACUUCUAGUCUGAGGCACUGACACGGAGUAUUAAUUUAGAAUGUUUGCUACUACAGACAGUAUAUCAUUUGCACGCAUUACUCUUCCAGAUAUUAAUUCAAGUAAUUGCUUAUCAUUGUCAUAAUAGCUGUCUUCUUUUCGGUGAUUGACACAGGGCAAAAUGUUCAAUUAAACCAAGGAACAUCUGCAGACUGACAUUUACAGAAAUACUAUGUUGUAGAGUA